UCUUGGCAGUUGAGAUGUCAGUCCGGGAUACAGCAAGAGACCGCUGUUUGCUUGUUUCUGCGCUAACCUGUCUGAAUGAGCAGCGAACAAACACCCAAACACCGCAGACUUGAACCAAAGGAAACAAAGAGGAGACUGCUGUAAUUUACAAACAUGGGGGCUUUGAUUUCCCGAUGGAAGGCAAAGCCAACCACAGUUGAGCAGCUGGAGAACCUGGAUAAGGAUAUUAAAGAGCUGGAGGAGUUUAGAGCCAAAAACCAACGUCUGCAAAAGCUGUGGGUCGGCCGUUUGCUUCUCUACUCAUCAGUCCUCUACCUCUUGACCUGUCUGAUUGUCUAUUGUCUCUACCUACCUGAACAAUGGUUGCACAGAAUAGCAAUGGCCCUGCCUUUCUUCAUAUAUCCUGUGCUAGUGUGGUUCAUCAGGAAGUUACUGAUUUUCCUUUUUUGCAAACGCACUGAGAGAAACAAUGAUAAACUAGAAGAUUUAAAGGCUUCCAAGAAAAAGAUUCUGGAGGAAGUGAUGGAAACAGAGACGUAUAAAAAUGCCAAACUCAUCCUGGAGCGCUUUGAUCCAGAAGCCAAGAAGAAAGCUGAGCUGGAGUCGACUCCGGUGCGUCCUCAGAUGACUCCCAGGCCAGGACAAGAGAUUCGACAAAGAGGGGUGGCAAUGAGACCCAUGCCAAUGGGCACCCCGGUUGCCAUGACAAUGACUCCCCCACCUGGAGCACGGCCCCCAUUGGGACCAGGGGGCACACCUGUGGAACCUGUCCCUCUCUCAGCUCCAGGAGGACCACCGGAGAGAUCUGCUCUGUCUGCCUCUGUGCUCCAGGGGGCUGUACCAAGGACCCCCUGCUCCCCUAUACCAGGUGUAGGCAUGCACCCCCCAGGUCCUCCAUUAGCAAGACCCAUUCUACCCAAAGACAGGGGAGCUGUGGAUCGAGUCAUUGAGUACCUUGUAGGGGAUGGACCACAGAACAGAUACGCGUUGAUCUGUCAACAGUGUUUUUCUCAUAAUGGCAUGGCUCUGAAAGAAGAGUUUGAAUACCUGGCAUUUCGUUGUGCAUAUUGCUACUUCCUGAAUCCGGCCAGGAAGACACGCCCUCAGGCUCCGAGGCUUCCAGAGUUCAGCUUUGAGAGGAGGCUGCGAGCAGAAUCACGUUCCCCUGGACCAACACCACGUUCCGGGACUGAGACAGAGGAGGAGAGUGCACCUCCUUCUGGAGAUGAGAAAGAAAUAGGAGAAGACGAAGGACCCACUCAAGAAGUAGAGAACGAGAGCCAGUCAGAGGAGCAGCCACAUCAGGAGGAGGAGGAAGAACUGGUCCAGGAGGAGAAGGAGGAGGAGGUGGCAGAGGAGGGAUUAGAGCAGCGUCAGAGCGCCCCCUGUGAGACAGAAUCUCAACCAUCAUAGCUGCAGAAAGUUCAGACGGGGACCAGGGAAGUCUGAUCACUGUGUCCAAUUGAGGUUUUGAUACUGGCAAUGAUAGACCGGUGGCAUUUUAAAGCAAUAUAGCUGGACAAGGAUGGCUUAAUGAUAUCUUUCUUCCUUGCAGCCAAGGAUCAUUUUUCACCAUCAUACUAAGACAAAGCACCUUGAGGAGAUUAUGGAGAUGAUAUGCUUGGUAAAUGGUGUGUACUCUUAAUGAAAAACAUAAUGCAGUAUACAUUUGUCAUAUUUAAUAUUUAAAUUGUCCAACAAUAUUGCUUAAAAUGAUGCCAGCAUUUCAUGGCCUUAACAGUUUGAUUGGUUCAAUGGGAAGUUGUCAGAUUGAUGAUUGUAGUUUUAAUCUGAAGGCUGUUUCUUUAUAGAAUAGUUGGCUGCUGAUACUGCUCUAUAUGUGGUUACUGACAAACUGAUUUAGUUUAAUAUUCUAAGAUUCACAGUUUUGUUAGGUUUAAGUAGCUGGCUUAUAGAUGAUUUGUUAAUGGAAAGUGUUACGUUUUUAGAUUAAACUGCUGGUUCACAAAAGGUUUGUCCUCAGAUGCAGCAAAAACAAAUACAUGCUUCAAUUGAAAUUAAUUCCCUGAUUCUUAUUUCAGUCAUUUAAUUUUUAACUCUACCAGGACUGUAUAUUUUACUAAAUAUCAUAGUUUAUUCUAAUACAUGUUGCAUACAUGUUAUUGUUUUGUUGGGUUGUAAACAAAUAUUUCCCACAAAGGUUGGUGAGAAAACAUAAGCUCUAACAAAGUGCAUUUUUAGACAAACCUUUAAUGAAUCAGGGCAUCAUCAAUUGUGUUUACAGUACAUGCAUACAAGUAUGCCAUUAAGUGUCAGGGUUCUGCUGUGGCUUUUUUCCUCUCCUAGUUUUAAUCCCUCAUACAAGCUUUUGUCUUAAUUCUGAAACAUCUAGGAAAACUUGGAUUUACUCACAUUUUACCAAACACUGAUGCAUGUACACAUUUUAUCAUUUUAAUUUAUCAAGUUUAUUCAUGAUGUUUGAACAGCUUGUCUCAGACAGGCAGAAUAUCGGAUAUGAACAGAUAUCCAGAAAAGCACAGUUAGUGCAUUUAAACACUCGUUGCACUCAGAUCUGUUAAGAGCAAAGGUCCUGGAGUUAUUGGUCAAAAUAGAGGAAUAGACCAGGGUGUAUACCAACAGUUAGAGAAAGAUUUAGUCAAAGUCAAAGGCCAACAGCAGAUUAUUUCCAAUCAUGAUAAAUGUCCCACAUAGUCUUGCAUUUAUCCAGGACACUGUAUGCUGAAUGCUCCAUCCAAUAACUGAACUCAGAUCAGCCAGGCACAACAGAAAAUGUGUGCUAGGAGGCUAUUCUGUGUCGGAGAAGCUGACUCUUCACCAUUCUGGACAACCCUGCUGCUUUGUCCGAGGUUUCCCCUGAUAAAAAAUAGUUUUGGAAAUGAGUCAGACUUUACAGAAAUAAUUUGACUUGUUGUUUUUCCUCAUCAAGACUGUUUUGCAAUGUAGGAAAAGUGAACCUCAGCAGUUAAAUUAAGUGGUUUUAUGAAGAACCUUCUUUGAGAUAGGGCCUGUUUACCUAAGAUGACUUAUUACCUUGAGGAGUGCAUUAGUGCUGAUGAGCCAGCAAUGAAGCAGUCUCUGAAUAAACUAAACAUUUGGCAUGCAAAAAAAACAAAAAAAACAAAAACAGAUUGGAGCUACAACUGCCAAUUUAUCUCUAUCUGGUUAUUGCCAGCCAGAGUCCUCAAUGGGAUUAUCAUUUGCCAAAUGCACUGUUGUUUUUUCUGAAUCUCCUGACAUCAUUUGCACUGACUUUCUCUUUGUAUUUAUUUGGCUAUAUUGUGUUUUAAUCUUUAGUUCGGGUAUUGCUUCACUGUUGUAAGACAUGUAAUCUGUAACUGCCACGUUACUGUCACAACAAUUUAAAAGUAUAGGCCUGGUUUGGGUUCUGUAGCCUCCAGGGUGCUGAGGAUUACCAUUUUUAGAAAUAUGUUUUAUUCUUUGUGCUUACAUUAACUGUGUUUUAAAUGUGUGCCCUCACAGAAGAUACCUGGUGCCAUCAUAAUGCGUGCCUUGGUUGCUGCCAGUAUAUCCAUUAGUUUACACUAUAAUCUGCGCAAUGUGUAGCUACUGUAGCAGCAUCAAAUGAAGACAGUCCAUGGCUCUUUCGGGGGCGGCACUAGCACCUGGUGUUUUUGACAACAAUUUAUUCUGUUAUUAAAUGGAACCAGAAGAAAUGGUGUCCAUGCAAAUAUAAAUUUGUUACAUUACCUGUGUUGUACAGGUCUGGUCCUAGAAACACCUAGGCUAAGUGGGCAAAAUAUUCUGGUGGGACAUACACGACACAUUAAAUUACUUUAAAAGUGUUUCCACAGUAAUUGUGUGUUUGUUGACCUCCUCUAAACCUUGCAGCAACCCAGAAUAAUCUAUCAAAACAAAAGCUUGCUGUAAAGAUUUGGACCUCCCUUCUGAAUCCGUACCUGGCAGCAAAAGUAUUCUUGGACAAACCUUUGUUGAAUGUUGAGGAGAGACCACUCUAUGAAUAGAAAGUUGUCUGACACCACGCCUUGACCGCAGCUUGACAUUUUGAUUUGUUCCAUUUUUCACUGCACCAGGCAGCUGCGUUUCCAGAAGUUGCAAAAGUGUUGCAUCAUGGUACCUGUACCAGCUUACUGAUGUGUGUUUAGCUAAAGGCUACCAGUGUUAACAAGCUUGUUACUCUCAAUAAUACUGCUGAUGAUGAAAAUGUCAAAAAAUUCCAAAUAUGAAGCUGUCACUUUAAUAUUUAAAAAAAACUUCUCAGAUACUCAACAGGAUGUCUCACAUACUGGCACGUGUAGUACCUGGUCACUUUGUAUUUGCAGUUUCUCCAUUUUUUUUUUUUUUUUUUGCACUGCUAGAAUUAUCAGGUGAAUUUCUGCCAAUGCUGAAUGUCAAGUGUGCGUGUGGCACAUAUAAUAAAGUUUUUUAACAACAAAAGAAGGCGA